CUCAGAGUUCUAUGACACGACUUCAUUUAGCAUGUGUGAUGUCAAGCAUGGUCUGGACUACUAACUAAUCGCUUGUUCACGUGACGCACGGCCCCAGGUUUUUCUGCUCAUAGAGUCCAGGUUAUGCAACAAUUACGAUGGCGUUGAGUAAAGAUACGGCUGAUAUUGAGAGUUUAUUGUCGCUAAAUCCAAGGACUUCCCAGCAUGCCAUUGUUGUGCCGACUGCAGCAACGAAGAAGAACAAGAAACACUGGAAACGUAAUGAUACAAGCAAGAAAUGUGGCAGCUGUGACACUUUAAAGAACAACUUUGAUGACAUAAAGCAUACAACACUGAGUGAAAGAGGAGCUUUAAGAGAAGCAGCACGAUGUCUAAAAUGUGCAGAUGCACCAUGCCAAAAGAGUUGCCCAACUCAACUUGAUAUUAAAGCUUUCAUUAGUAGUAUUGCUACUAAGAACUAUUAUGGUGCUGCCAAGGCAAUAUUUUCAGACAACCCUUUGGGUUUGACCUGUGGUAUGGUGUGUCCUACCAGUGAUCUUUGUGUUGGUGGUUGUAACCUUUUCGCAUCAGAAGAAGGCCCUAUAAAUAUAGGUGGACUGCAACAGUUUGCAACUGAGAUGUUUCAGAAGAUGAGAAUUCCUCAAAUACGGGAUCCAAGUCUGCCGGCAUUGGAUGAUUUACCAGAAAGCUACCAAUCCAAGAUAUCAUUGAUUGGAUGUGGACCUGCAUCUAUAAGUUGUGCAACGUUCCUGGCAAGGCUUGGAUAUAGCAAUAUAGUUGUAUAUGAGAAACAAGAAUAUGUCGGUGGUCUCAGCUCUUCAGAGAUUCCACAAUUCCGCCUUCCUUUUGAUGUUGUCUCAUUUGAAGUGGAACAGAUGAAGGAUUUAGGAGUCAAGGUUGAGUUUGGUAAAGGCUUAGGUAUAAAUGGAAUGUCCUUGCAGUCACUCAAGGAGAAUGGUAGCAAAGUGGUGUUUAUUGGUAUUGGUAUGCCACAGCCAAAACUCAUUCCAAUAUUUCAUGAUUUGGCCAUGAAACAUGGAUUCUAUACAUCAAAGCAUUUUUUACCUCUUGUUGCUGCAGCCAGUAAAGCAGGUAUGUGUAGUUGUAAAUCCUCACUUCCUGAGAUACAUGGUAAUGUAAUUGUUCUUGGUGCUGGUGACACAGCAUUUGACUGUGCUACAUCUGCUCUACGCUGUGGAGCAAGGCGUGUCUUUGUGGUUUUCAGGAAGGGUUUCACUACAAUCAGGGCUGUACCAGAAGAGAUGGAAUUGGCCAGGGAAGAGAAAUGUGAGUUCAUGCCUUUUGUUGCUCCACGGAAAGUGCUGGUUAAGGAUGGUAGAAUCACCGGGUUAGAGCUAUGCCGUACUGAACAACAAGAUGAUGGUAGUUGGUUUGAAGAUGAAGAACAAACUGUUCGACUCAAAGCAGAUUUUAUCAUUUCAGCAUUUGGAUCCUCACUCACGGAUGACAUUGUGAAGUCUGCAAUGUCUCCAAUUAAAUUUAAUAAAUGGGGUUUACCUGAUGUUAACCAUGACACGAUGCAGACCAGUGAAGAGUGGGUGUUCUGUGGUGGUGACUUAGCUGGUGUUGCCCAGACAACGGUAGAAUCUGUAAAUGAUGGCAAACAAGCAGCAUGGUACAUACAUCAAUAUCUACAGAAAUUACACAGUGCCUCAGUACCGAGCAAACCACAGCUACCAAAGUUUUAUACACCAAUAGACUCUGUAGAUAUCAGCGUUGAAGUAUGUGGGUUGAAAUUCAGCAACCCAUUUGGAUUGGCCAGCGCUCCUCCAACAACAACGUCCGCCAUGAUUAGACGUGGAUUUGAAGCUGGUUGGUCAUUUGCAUUGACAAAAACAUUUUCACUUGACAAAGACAUUGUGACUAAUGUUUCUCCUCGUAUAGUUCGUGGUACCACAUCAGGUCAUGUCUACGGCCCUGGACAAGGCUCUUUCUUAAACAUUGAGUUGAUUAGUGAAAAGACAGCCGCAUAUUGGUGCCAAACUGUUACCGAACUCAAAGCUGACUUCAAAGAUAAAAUCAUCAUCUCCAGUAUAAUGUGUAGUUACAACAAAGAAGACUGGACAAAGUUGGCCAAGAUGGCCGAGGAUUCAGGAGCUGAUGCCUUGGAAUUAAACCUCUCCUGUCCACAUGGAAUGGGAGAACGAGGUAUGGGAUUAGCAUGUGGACAAGAUGCUGAACUGGUUCGUAAUAUCUGCAGAUGGGUUCGAGCUGCCGUCAAGAUUCCAUUCUUUGCUAAACUGACUCCUAAUGUCACUGAUAUUGUAGUGAUCGCAAAGGCUGCUUAUGAAGGGAAAGCUGAUGGUGUAACUGCUACCAAUACUGUGUCUGGUUUAAUGGGUCUAAAAUCUAAUGGUACAGCGUGGCCAGCAGUUGGGAAAGAGAAACUAACAACAUACGGCGGGGUGUCUGGAAAUGCUAUCAGACCUAUAGCAUUGCGAGCAGUGUCUGCUAUUGGUCGUGCGUUGCCAGGGUUUCCUAUCUUGGCAACAGGUGGUAUUGACUCUGCUGAUGCAGGAUUGCAGUUCCUUCAAUCUGGAGCAUCGCUUCUUCAGGUUGGAAGUGCUGUACAAAACCAAGAUUUUACAGUCAUUGAAGACUACAUAACAGGUCUAAAAACAUUGAUGUAUUUGAAAAGUAUUGAUGAGUUAAGUGAUUGGGAUGGGCAGAGUCCGCCAACAUUGCGACAUCAGUUGGGAAAACCGGUCCCUAAACUUAAUGAAAUAAUAGGGAAGGGAAUUCCUAACUUUGGUCCAUAUCGUGAAAAACGUGCUGAAAUCGUUGCAGCAAACAAGGCAACGAUUGAUCUCUUGGCAGAAGAUCAGAAACCUUCACCACAACGACCUCCUUACCAGCCAAAGAAGUCUAUUCCCACUGUAAAGGAAAUGAUUGGCAGAGCAUUAUCAAAGAUAGGUGCAUAUGGUGACUUGGAUAACACUCAACAAUAUGUAGCUAUCAUUGACGAGGAAAUGUGUAUAAAUUGCGGUAAAUGUUACAUGACUUGUAAUGAUAGCGGUUACCAAGCCAUUGUUUUCGAUCCAGAAACGCAUCUUCCUCGUAUCAACGCAGAUUGCACUGGAUGCACUCUAUGCGUCAGCGUUUGCCCCAUAUUGGAUUGUAUCACAAUGAUACCACGUCAAAUUCCUCAUGUCAUCAAUAGAGGUGUACCAUUAUCUGUCUCAUCUGUUGCUUAG